UUUGCGUACGCGGACUUUGAGAGCUCCGAGGAGGCGUCUGCGGCGGCUGCGCGCAUGUACGGCGUGAGAAUUCGCGAGCGACCGAUGAAGGUUUUGAUGUCGCAGCCGACCAGAAGCGUCUACGAAGAGAAGACGCUCUUCAUUUCUCAAGUCUCGGAGCGCCUCGACGAAGCAGAGGUAGCGGAAGAACUCGCUCGGCUCGGCUUCGUCAACAUCUGCGGCGUCCGGUUGAUCGGGGACUCCGGCGCGGAGGCGCAGAGCGCAGAAAAAGAACGAACUGCAGAAGAAGCGCCGCACCGCGCGAUACACAAAGGGUACGGCUUCGUCGACUUUUCCUCGCAAGACGCGACUGUCAAGGCUCUGCAGUUCUUUCUACGCCGUCAGAGAGAAGCUCCAGCGGCAGCCGAGAGUCAAGCGAACUUCCUUCUCGGCGGAAAGCCGUUCGUCCUGGCGCCGUCGAUUCCGAUGAAGAAAGCACGAUGGAUCUUGGCGCCGCCCGAACAAGUAGGGGGACGUUUAGAGAGAGAAGAGAGGACGGAUC